AUGAAGGUGGAAGUACGAUGGAAGAAGUUUGUCAAACCAUCGGUGCCGACACCGAACAACCAGCGAAAAUUGAAGUUAACAUCACUGGAUCAGCUUCAAAUGCCAAUUUACAUAGGCGUUAUGUUCUACUAUAGAGAUAACGUUGAGAACCCAGGAGUUGAUAUUUCUCAAAGGCUUCUCCAGAUGGAGGAGUCACUUUCUGAAACCCUAACACUCUUUUAUCCUAUGGCAGGGAGAUAUAUCGAGGAUGAUGAUUGUUUUAUUGAUUGCAACGACCUUGGAGUUGAGUUGGUUUACGCCAAAGUGGAUGGCCAGAUUGUUAAGCUUCUCCAUGGAGAUCCCGACAUUGAUUUGCUUGAACGUUUGUCGAAGUACCCGACCAACGUAGUUGGCAAUCCAUUAGUUGUGAUUCAAGUGAAUGCAUUUGAGUGUAGCGGAUUAGCGAUCAGCGUGCGCUUUACACACAAGAUCGGCGACAUGUACACUAUGGCGAUGUUCAUUAAUUCGUGGGCUACCACUUGCCGAGGUAAUGUAGACGCGAUAGUCACUCCGAGUUUCGAGUUGUCAUCUCUACUCCCAGUGAAAGGGUUGGCGGUUCCGAAUUUGAGUCCACGACGUAUUGGCAACGAGGAACUCAUCAUGAGUAGGUUGAGGUUCAACGCCGAUGCUUUAUCGAAGCUGAAAGCCUUAGGACGAUGCAAAGGACUCGAUGGGCAACAAUUCCCGGCCUUCAAGGGUGGAGGCCGUUUCGGCACUACUGGGUAG